AUGACUGCUCGAAUGGAAGAGAGCGCUGGAACGCUUCUCGUCAGGAGUGUUCAGGGCACUCCCGAGGGCAUCAAGGGUGCCGUCUGGGAGACCUGGGGGGCGCCGGACACCUCUCGCGAGGUUUUGAAGAUUGGGCAUCUUCAUGGUCUCCUGCUCCUUCUGUGCGAUCAUCUCGCACAGAAGGAGAUGUUGCCCCAGUCAACUGAGCGCAUCGUUGAGGUCCAAGGCACACCCGAGGGCAUCAAGGGAGCGAUUUGGGAAAUCUGCAAGUGUCUCGUCGACGAUUGGCAGAUUCGACGACGAGGACCUCCAAGGAAGAACUCGGGCGCAGACAGGCAGCAGGAAGGACCACCGCCGCUGCAAGUUCAAGUACUACCAGCGCAGACAAAGCCGGUCCAAGUACCGCAACGAGGAGCCUGUCCCAGGAUGAUGUCGAUGGUUAUUUCACUACAAGCCGUCAAUCUCACCAUCGACAUCAUCCUCGGAAUACUUGAAGUCUUCGUCAUCGCUUGGAGUCUGGUGGUUAUUGGCUAG